AAUACAUUUAAUUAAUAGGAAAUUCAUUAUGCAGCAUAACCAUGGAAGUAUCUGUUAAAAUUUUUUUGCUUGUAAAUCUUUCCCUCUGUACAUACAAUUCUCAGAAACAAUGAAAUCGCAAGUUUUUAUUAUUCACGCAAAAAGUAAUUGUUUGAAAAUUAGUGUUAAAAGCUAAUACUUUUCGUCUUUCAAGUGCUACAAGUGGCAGCUUUUUUUCGAUUUCAUUUUUGUUUUUGCCCUUUUUGAGCCCAAAAGUAGUUUUUGGCACCUUCUGAUUUAUUUCAACAAUGUUACUACUGAUUCAUUUAUGCCUAAAGUUAUACAUUGUAAUUCCACCAUUUUCCUCUCAUUUUCCUAGGUAAAAACUUCCACUGAAAUGACAUUUUUUUUAAAUCAAUGAUUUUUUGCUUUGGGUCCUAUACUAAGUAGUAAAUCUUCUUAAAUCAACUUUACCUUUCUGUUGUACACUGAAGCUAGCAUACCCCAGUAAAUUUUUUUUGAGUUUUUUUUUUGAACAUUACAUAGAGAAGGUACCACAAACAUAACAGUUACAUACAGUUUUGAUAACAGUUACACAUUACAAUUUAAAUUUUAUCUAGGAGGCAUUCAAGAAGAAAAGAAAAUUCCCUUCUGAGACAGCUGGAGAGGGCAGUAGUGCUAAGAAACUUAAAUUUGAAGAUAGCGAAAAAACAUCUAAGGUUUGCAUUGACUCUAACUUGGAAAAAACUUUGUCGAGCCUGAAUUCCUGUCUUAGUAUCGACAAUAAGUCUGAAAAUCAUCGUGUAGAUAAUAAUUGUAAUUUGAUAAUGGACUCUAAAUCUUCUGAGGCAGGAACAUCAAAAUAUUUUGAUGAAGUUGAAAAACAAUCGCAGACCAAGUCUCCAUCAAACACAGGAGUGAGGGAUAAAACUGUUAAGCGAAUUCAACCAGUCUUAAUUGUCAAAGAUAUUAUUUCAAAUUCAAAUUCUGCGGAUGAAGUUUUUGAAGACUUUCUGAAAGCCUGUGCUAAUUACGAAAAGGCUGAUGAAGAAACUAAAGUAAUUCUUGAAAAGUUGCGAAAGAAAUACAACAAGCUUGAUUCAUUCAACAAAGAUGAUAAAGACUUCAUACUUUUUCUUCGAAAUCGCGUAAACAAUAUAACUCAUAAAAAAGCUAAAUUUUACCAAACUAUAUUUGAAGUUCGUGAGGAAAUCAGUAGACGCAUAAUUAAACUCAAAAAAGAUAAAUCAACACGAGAAAAAGGCAGUGAAUCAGAUACAGAACCAAAAUAUACUACAGACGAGUUGAAAAAAAUUAAAAUAUUAGAGAAGGUUAUAAAAGAAUGCCAAAGAAGAAUCGAAGAACUAGAAACAGCAGACGUCAUCUUUGAUGAUGAUGAAGACUCAGCGUAUUUAAAGGAAGAUAGGUAUAAAAGAAAAUAUGUGCAGUUGUGCCAAGCACUUAGUGAUAUAGCAAGAGAUAAAAAACUAAAAUCAAAAAUAAUGAAGAAAAAAAUUACGUUGAAUGAUAUCCAAGAUGAAAUGACCGGAAUUAAGGCCAUUGAUCAAUCUAUCAUUGAUUUUGUAAAUAUUAGUAUUAGUCGGAUGAACAAAUUAAAACACAUUCAGAACUUUAAUGCUGUUCCGAGUUACAUUGUUGCACCCGACUUUUACGAAGUAUUACAAAUUAUAGAAAAACAUAACGAAACUCGGAACCGUCAAUUGAGUAAACAAGAAAUAGAAUUAUAUGGUAAGUGUAUGAGUUGUUUUCGUUAAUAAUUACUGUAUAUACAUCUGUUAUCUCAUAACUACCGCUUUUUUAGCUACAAAAUCAUUUAAAGCAGUUGUCGAAUAUUUGAAAAAAUGUCGAAUACAGGAGUCCAAAGAAUAUUUUGGAUAUUAUAUCAACAAUACUUGUGGCAAAUAUAUUGACCCAGCAUCUAAAGAUCAUAACCUUGAAAAAAUUCUUCAGGCUAAUAAGUUAAAAUCGGACAAUCAUUUAAAUGAAGUUUUUGAAAAAUAUGUAAAUAUGCAAAAGAAUUUAAGCAAUGAAAAAUUAAAAGAAUCAAUGAUAGCCAUGUAUUCAUCCGAGGAAAGUUGUAAUCUAGAUAAUGAUGAGAAACAUCUAGUUGAGAAAAAUUCACAAGUUGGUAAGCGAAAACGAUUCUUCCACAGUGACGAAGAAGAAUCUGGUAAAGACAAUCAGAAUCAUAACAGCCGUGAAGAUGUAGAAAAACCAGCUAAAAAGAUGAAAAAAAACGAUGAUUCAAAAUGUCAAAACACAGCUUAUGAAAAUAAUAUAAAAGAAAAAGAAAUUGAAUGUAUAGACCUUGGAGAUAACUGCACGUCACCAGAUUCUCCCACAUUGGUAGACGAUAAUGCGAAGUAUUUUCCCAGGAUACGAGUGGCUAGUGUGGGCAACUUUCCCAAGGCUUGGGAGACCUCGGACUCUCCCGAAAGUCCGGGAAAAGAGUCCAUAGAUCUGGACUUCUCACCAAAAAAAAAUAUUUUUCCACUAGUAGAGGUGGUAGAUUUGUGUUCGCCAGAAAGAAGGUCAAAAACUUCUAGUAUUCAAGUGUCCGAGGUGCCUAACCCAUUAGCAGUAAAAAAAAUCAAAAUUAAAAAAAAAAUUGAUCUUCGAGAUAUCGAUAGUCGACUAAUGUGUAAACAUUUUGUAACAAAAUGUGAUUAUACAAUUCCUUACCGACAGUCCUUGAAGAAAAGAUGA